AUGGUGCAUCCUUUGGUUGAUAGAGCCACAAGCGAUAUGCUAAUUGGUCCUGACUGGGCCAUGAACCUAGAGAUAUGUGACAUGCUUAAUCACGAGCCAGGGCAAACGAGAGAGGUUGUGAGUGGCAUCAAGAAAAGGCUUACUAGUAGGACUUCCAAGGUUCAGCUUUUGGCUCUUACUUUGCUAGAGACAAUAAUAAACAACUGUGGGGAACUUAUUCAUAUGCAAGUUGCAGAGAAGGAUAUUCUUCAUAAGAUGGUGAAAAUGGUCAAAAGGAAGCCUAACAUCCAAGUGAAGGAGAAGAUAUUGAUACUUAUAGAUACUUGGCAAGAGGCCUUUUCAGGUCCACAAGGAAGACAUCCACAAUAUUACGCAGCAUACCAAGAAUUGUUGCGUGCAGGAAUUGUAUUCCCUCAACGACCUCCAACCCCACUCAAUUCAGGACAAACUGGUCCUUCGGCAACGUAUCCACAGAGUUCUCGUAAUGCUAGACAAGAAGCUAUUGAUACGUCAACAGAGUCAGAAUUUCCAACUUUGAGUUUGACGGAAAUUCAAAAUGCAAGAGGAAUUAUGGAUGUGUUAGCUGAAAUGAUGAACGCAAUAGAUGGAAACAACAAAGAGGGACUUAAACAAGAGGUUAUUGUAGAUCUUGUUAGUCAAUGUCGCACCUAUAAACAAAGAGUAGUACACCUUGUAAACUCAACAUCAGAUGAAUCGUUGCUUUGCCAAGGCCUAGCCUUAAAUGACGAUUUGCAGAAAUUACUUGCGAAGCACGAAGCCAUUGCGUCCGGAAAUAUUAUGAUAGAGAAUGAAGAAAAAUCUAAAAAAGAAGUUCCUAAGGACGCAACUCAGAUCAUAGAUGUUGGUUCAAGUGAAACCAAAGAUGGUAGUGUUGUUGCUACUGCAACCAAUGGUCCAAAAAUAGAUCUUCUUAGUGGAGAUGACUUUGAGACACCAAAUGCAGAAAACUCACUUGCUCUUGUUCCUCUUGGACCUCCACAACCAACUAGUCCCGUAGCAACGCCGGAUAAUUCCAUCGUCUUAAUCGACAUGUUAUCAGAUAAUAACUGCGAAAGCUCUACUCCAGCUUCGAAUCCACACUCGAAUCAUCAGAUGGUGCAACAACAACAUUACUCAAAUGGAUUUGGACCGGUCCAUCACGACCAAUCUUUUUAUGGACAAGGGUCACCUGGCCCUGUUUGGAAUCUCCAAAUCUCCCAACAACACCAACAACCAUCUUCUCCUGGCUAUGGAAACCAACCCUUUUCGCCUACCUUUAGCCCAUCCGCCUCUCCUCACUAUGGUGGACAAAACAACAAUGUUUUAGCACUACCUCCACCACCAUGGGAAGCUCAAUCUCCAAGCUCUAGCCCUCAAUACUCUCCUACUCAUCCGAUGCAAGUGACUCAAGUGGUCAUAACCACACACACUCAUCAACCACUCGGUUACAACCCUCAAGGUCAAGGUGGCUCUCCUCAUGCUAUCAACAACAACAUGUUCGGUAUGUUCCUUCCUCCAAUGAACGGAGGCCAAAUGUCACCCUUUGGCUACAACCCAAACAUCACAAACAACAUUCAUAACCCAACUAACAUGUACGGAGGAGGAGGCUAUGGAGUACAAGCUCAGGCACAACAACAGUAUCUUGUAGAACAACAAAUGUACGGAAUGUCUCUUCAAGACAAUGGAACCAACAAUACUACAAAUCCGUACCAAGUUUCUUCUCAUCCACCAAUGGUGAAACCCAUGAUCAAGAAACCAGAGGACAAGCUGUUUGGUGAUCUUGUUGAGCUCUCAAAGCUCAAGAAACCCACUUCCGAACGAGCCGGUAGUAUGUAA